GAGAGCACGUGCUUCCGUGUGUAGUGGCUGGUCCUCCGGAGCUGCGUGUCUUUUUUCCGCGCGCCGUGUGGCCCCUUUAAACCGCCCCCACGCGCCGACCCCCGCCCCCCGACACACAGCCGCCCCAGCCCGGAGCCGCGCGGAGCCCCGGACCGUCUCUCAGGACUUCUUCUUCCAGCGGAGCAAGGCUUUGAUCCGAGCGGCGCCGCGCGCGUGAGCGUGUGUGAGUGAAGGCGCGUGACAUGACGCUGGAGGCGAUCCGGUACCGGACCGGAUCUCUGCAGAUCCUCAACCAGCUGCUGCUGCCGCACGAGACCGUGUACGAGGAGAUCCGCUCGGUGCAGGACGGAUAUGAGGCCAUCAAGACCAUGAAGGUGCGUGGCGCUCCUGCCAUCGCCAUCGUGGGAUGCUUGAGCCUGGCUGUGGAGUUGCGAGCGGGUGCUGGGGGUGAAGACCCUGUGGCAUUUAUCAGGGAGUCGCUGUGUCACCUGACCUCGGCGAGACCCACCGCUGUCAACAUGGGCAGAGCCGCACGCGAGCUGAUGGAGUUCACGGAGAACGAGAGCAUGGAGAAAAGUGGAGACCAACUCAAAGAAAGUGUGAUAGCUUUGAUUGAGGAGAUGCUGGAACGAGACGUGAACGACAACAAGAAGAUUGGUAACUACGGUGCCCAGCAUAUCCUGUCGGGCGUGCCUAGAGACUCUGUUACCAUCCUCACACACUGCAACACUGGUAGCCUCGCCACAGCUGGAUACGGGACUGCGUUGGGUGUGGUGCGGUCUCUGUACGCUCUGGGUCGUCUGAAGCGUAUGUAUUGUACAGAGACGAGGCCGUAUAAUCAGGGCGCCAGGCUGACGGCGUAUGAAGCCGUGUCGGAGGGCUUCCCUGCCACGCUCAUCACAGACAGCAUGGCUGCCAUCGCCAUGAGAGAGAAGGGCAUCACCGCUGUGGUUGUAGGAGCAGACAGAGUUGUUGCCAAUGGCGACACAGCAAACAAAGUGGGUACGUACCAGCUGGCCAUCCUAGCCAAGCAUCAUGGGAUACCGUUCUAUGUGGCGGCUCCCAGCACAUCAUGUGACCUGAGUUUGGAGAGUGGCCGGGACAUCGUGAUCGAAGAGCGGCCAGCGGUGGAACUGACCAGCAUCAACGGGGUCCCUGUUGCUGCACCAGGUAUAGAGGUGUGGAAUCCAGCGUUUGAUGUGACUCCUCAUCAGUUGAUAACGGGUGGGAUCAUCACUGAGCUGGGGGUCUUUCUGCCCUCUGAGCUGCAGGCCGCGCUGACCGGCCGCCUCACUGCACUGUAAAGCCACAGCGCCCCUGCUGGCCUGGCUGUGUUACUGCACCACACUCCACCACUACCACUCUCUCUCUCUUUCUUUCUCUCUCUUUCUGUCUCUCUUUUCACAGUGGUGGAUUUUGCACUUUUGAGAAAAGAAAAAAAAAACACAUCAAAAAGCUUUCUUUCUUUUUCUGUCUCUUUCUCUCUCUGUCUCUCUCUCUCUCUCUCUCUCUCUCUCACACACACACACUCACACCCACACAAAAUUAAAUGUGGAGCUGUAAAUCACAUUUUCACAACCCAGGGACAAUUAUAGAGAACACACACACACACACACACACACACACACUUCUUUUCUUUCCUCUCUGUCUGUAGCCUAGUGUUAAAAAAACUGGGUUUUAUUUACUGUUCAGUUGCACUCUCUCUUUCUUUCUUUCUCGUUUAUUCUCUCUAGCUCCUUUCCUUUGCCUGUCCUCUCUCCAUUUCUUUUUCUCUCUUUUUCUUUCUGUCUCUUUUUUUGUCUUGCUGUCUCUCGCUCCCUCCCUCUCCCUGGCUCAGCUCUAGUCUUUAAGGAAAGGUGAAUUAGUUAGUGGCUUAACGGAGGAGAGUAUUCAGUUUUAGCUGAGAUUAUACAGUGUUUUGAAUUGCGCAGAAUAUUUCCAGAUCAAAAAUGACUUUAAAUUGAAUAGAGUUUAUUCAGUUCUUAUCGGGUAGGUCACUGGAUUUGGCAGUUUUGGAGUAGACUGUUGAGUAGCUGUAAUAAUAAUGAAUUAGCGUAAUGGUGUUUUACUUUAGCGCUCUAAAAGUAAGGGCUAUCCAGUAGUGUACAUAUGUACAAAAUGACAAAAUUUGCAUUGAUUUGCUUUGAAAUCCCUCGCCAUGAGUGUUAAUUCGUAAAGGAGCUCAUCGAGCAGAAGCGAACUGAAAUGUUAUAUUAACAUUAAGUCUUUCUUUUUAUGCUUUAUUUGGAACUUUUUCAGGGGGUUAACUUCCCCUAAAUUUGGUCAAAUGUUUAAAUACUGAUGUGUUAUGGAGCAAACAAAUUGCUAAUUGAGCAGAAGGACAUUUACACACAAAGAAAUCAUCUCAUAUUAGGUUUAACGAAUAAUAAUGCUAUAAAAAAGUUUAUUUAAUAUCCCAAUAAUUAAAAUGACCUGUAAAAAGCUUUGAGUGCCAUAAAACCUACAGGCAAAUUUACCUGCUGGAUGUUUAGUGAUUGAAUUGCUGCUAAUUUGCUACCCAGGCUCUGCCCACAAAAUGCAUCUGCGCUAAAAAUAUAAUAAAAUCUCACACAACAAACACUUCAAGCAGUCUGAUUAUAAAUAACAGUAUACCAAAGGUGUGUGCUACAGAUACAGAUUUACACUAAUGUUCUUUUUAAAACUUGCCCAAUCUAGCAAAGAACGCUUAUUAUGGAAGCCCAUUACUGCCACUUAAAAAUCAUUUUAAUUUUUCAUUAAGUUUUUAAAGUUAUUAAUUUGAGAUUCUAUCUCAUCAUUUUUAGAUUAUAUCUCAUCACUUUGAGAUCCUGUCUCACCUUGAAAAGCUAUGGCUUUAUUUUUUGUUGUUAUUUUGAGACAGUAGUUAAAGAUUUUGUAUUUUGAGAAGCUAAGACAUCAUUUUGAGAUGCUGUUAAGUCCUAUUUUGAGAUAGUAUCCCAUUAUUUUUGGUUGUCUCUUCAUUUUGAGGUACUAAUUUGAUUAUUUGAAGAAUAUUUAAAUUCUUUCCCGAUGUUUUGAGAUUUCUUUUUAUUUAGAGACCCAUUAUUAAGUGGUGGGUAUGGGCAUUCACAUGCAAUAGCUAGCUUUAAAAAAAACACACACAUUAAUGGGCAGUUCACUGAAAAGCCAAUCAAACACUUCUGCUUAAUGCAGUAUUCAGACUGAUUUUUGACUUUUUAAAAAUUUUCUCAGAAUUGGUGUAAAAAAAAAACUGAACUUUAAUAGAAAUACAUUGUUUUAUGAAGUGGAUACGGCGGUGGAGGUACGUCUUAUCGGACGUUCUGUAAAUGGGUCAGUGGGUCGUGUUCGAUGUUGUCAGCGUGAGUAAACGGUGCUAUGGAGCUAGACUACACAAUACCUCAGUAGACUACCCAGAAUCCUCUGCUCCUGCAGCGUGUAACUGUUUAUUCCCAGUUUAUUCCCCAUUGUGAAGUGUGUUGUCUUGUGUCAUGUUAGACCAUGGUCACUUUCUCUCUCUCUCAAACACACAUACACAUAUAUACAUAUACACACACACACAUACAUAUAUACACACACAUGCGUAAUCUCACAAUCCAGUCAGGGCCUUCAUUUAAUAACACUGAUGGUGAGAUUUCUUGGUUCACAGUGGACUGGAAUCAGUAAGGGAGUAAAAUCUGAACUGGAUAGUGGUUAACUUGUGUAAAUGUAAAACAUCUUGGAGAACAAGUUCUGAUCUGGCAUUAUUUUUUAUGCUAAUAUUCCAUACACUAUGGGCCAAUGACUGUAGAAAGCCUGGAUAGUGCUUUGCCUACCAAAGGUGAAGCCACUGCUGCGCCUCUGCUGUCUGCCCAUUUUUUAUAUAAUUUUUCUCCAGUGUUUAAUUUGUUCUAUGUAUUGAUGCAACAAAAUGAUUGACAGCCUUGGCCUAAACUGGAACUUGUUCUGCCUAAACUGCACUGUUACUGUUGGGAGAUUAAACCUACAGGACAAACUGGGUAUCCAUUGGCAGAAAUUCUCAUUUCUGUUCCUUUAGGCUGCUCUGUAAACUCAAUGAAGGCAGUCUGAGACACCAAUACAUGCAAAAUCUUUGACUUUAAACUGGAUUCACGGUCCAGAUUUUAUCACUUGGUCCAGAGCAUAUUAACCUAGCGACAAAACAUCACAUAUUUCCAUGAGGCUUAUCGGCUUAGCAACUCUCUAGGUAGCAACGAUUGACGCUUGUGGUGGGUUGGUGCAUUUUUAGGUCUUCUAAAAUACAGUACCUGCUACAAAGACCCUAAAAGGAACAUUAUUAGUACAAACUAAUCUUCUAUUUCUGCUCAGUAUGGAUUUGAAGAACCACUGAUGUUAUUUACACGGCAGCCAUAUUGCUUAUUAAAUUCUAAGAAAUUUAAUGUGAACUAAUUUUACUUACUCUUGAAUUGGAGGCACACUAUGUCUGGUGGGCAAAAUGUCAAUUAAGUAAGCAAGUAUGGCUCAAUCUCUGGUCUCUACUGCUGGACUCCAACUGUACUCUAAAGCCUAGGCUGGAGUUGAGGUUUGAUGGGUUCUUGGUAGGGAUUUCCCAUUAAGACUUACUCUUAAUUUGUUUAAAAAAAUGGUUUCUGUAAGCCUGGCUCUACUGCAGUGGACAAUUUUGGCUUGGCUUCAUUUUUUAUAGAUUGGAAAGAAAAGUAAAGCAAAUUAACCAUGGCGUCCAUGUUUUCUACAGUCAUUUGCACUAAUUAGCAAGAAAUGCUAACUAGUACAGCACUGGUAUCUCCAUCUGAUUGGAUUUGGCUUUGAAUGUAAUGAGGCCAGUUCUCCUCACUGCCUUACACAACCAGCAAAAACACCCACCACACCCACCACACACACUGAUUGGUUGAAUAUUAUGGGCACGCCCCAUGCCAUCCCUCACCCCACUUCAUUUUUUGUGGUGUCACUGUCUUAGCAAUAUCAGACACCAAAUUCUCUACAAAAAAAAAGAAAAAUUACACAGCGAAAGAACAAGAAUAAUGACAAAAAUGUUUGAGAAUAUGAAGAAUUUCCCUCUUCUUUUCCCUUUAUCUUUUUGUUUUCAUCCCCCGAUCCCUCGUUUCACAAUAACGUUGUGUUGCGUCAACAGGAAUGAAGCAGAGCUGGUGUGGAGGGCGUGUUACCGUUUUAUGAUUAUUGUUAUUUUCACAAAGAACAACCACAUGUAGCACCAAAAUGAUCAAUCAAAUAGUGUCUAUAAGUGCAUCCGUCAUUUAAACGUGAAUAUCCAGAAUGCAGUCCUGAUAUCCCAAAAGCAUUAAAAUCGCCUUAAAAAUUGGAUUAAUUGGAAAAAAAAUUAAGUGACAUUUGCUCUUUUGGGAAAUCAGAACGACAUCUCUGUUGUGAUUUUAUUUUUACGAAUUUAAUACUUAGGAUUUUUCUUAUUUUGUAGAUUUUGGGAAAAAUGUUGACCGUAAAGAGAGAGUCAAUGUAGCAAAUUUCGUGGCCAUCUGUGUGUUCACUAGAUUUGAUUAAUUUCAAGAAAAAAAGGUACGAGGUUUUGUUUGUUUCUCAUCAUGUCCACUCUUCUUUGGCUGUUACCUGUUUUUAUUUUAUAUAUAUAUAAAAUAUAUAUGUAUACUCUAUAUCUCAGAAUUGUGGUUCUUGGUGAUGAUACUUGUUUAAAAGCGUGUCAUGGGAAGGCCUUCUUCAUACAUAGUGCAUCGUUCCGCACCAAGCAGCGCACCAUAACUGACAUAGCCAGUAAUAGUUUUAUUCAUAUUAGAGCAAAACAACUAGAGAUUAGAGGAAUUUUCUUUACAGAGAAAUCGUACUGUCCGUGCUCCACCCACAAAAGCAUUCUUUGGUGGCUUCCAUAGAUUCCUGUAGUUGUGCAUCAUUCUGUAGUUUGAGUUGGGAAAGUUGGGUAUUAGGAACUCUAGACCUAAACAGCCCUGCACUUUUAACCACCAGAAAUGAAUUUUAUAUGAUUACAAAUACGAAAGAACUAUUUGAAAAGUUUCCACCAGCUAAAAUAAUUGCAUAAUGCCAUAAAAUAGUCAAUACGCUUGCUGAUAUGGCACAAAACACAAACAAACAAGCAAACUAGACCUAAAAAGGAUUUCUGACUCGAAAUAUUAUUUCUUGUAAAAAACGGCAAAUAACCAUGUUCUAAACCUCAUAUGUUUUGUUCUUUGUAUAUUUUUCUCCUGAAUCCUCUUCAAUCCUCUGAUUUAUGAUGCUGUAUUCGAGUCAAAAUACAGACAUGCUACAUGCUAAAGCUAACAGUAGCAUGCCACAUGCUAAGCUAAGUUAGUUAAAAGAGGUUGUGAUAGUUUUGUGCUAACGUCAGCAUGGCAUUGUUGCUUCAAAUCUGCCAACCUGCCUUCAGAUGUCUACAAUAACCCAAUAUAGCUUAAUAGCAUAGCAAUGUGGUCUUUAAAUUAAACAUAAGAUCAAGUUUUUGUUGCAGGUGAUAUUUGGUGCAUUGCCAAUCAAUUACAACCAAUCAGCUUUAUCACGUUUAUUUCCAUUAAAUGCAAAAUCUUGGACUGUAAACUGGAUUCAUGGUCCAGAUUUUAUUAUUUGGUCCAAAGCAUAUUAACAGAGGAACUUAGCAACUCUCUACAUGGCAACGAUUGAUGCUUUUGGUGGGUUGGUGCAGUUUUAGGUCUUCUGUGAUUUACAGUUCCUGCUACAGAGACCCUAAAAGGAACAUUAUUAGUACAAACUAAUCUUCUAUUUCUGCUCAGUAAGAAAUUUAAUAUACAUUCUCUUUACUUACCCUUGAAUUGGUCAGUCAGUUAAGAUAUGUUUAAAUAAAAAAAAAAUCACUAGAAUUAAAUUAUCUUAAAUCUCUUCUAAUUUAUCCUCAAAACUUUGAGAUUUAAGCGAGUUGAGGAAAAGUUUUAAGGAUGUUUUUUAUAGAACUGUUUCAUUAGCCUCUUAGACCUACGCAUGCUAGCUAGCUAAGUUAGCAUUAGCUAACUUACCUCACACUGAGGUAAAUUGUGUAGACUAGAUAUUCGCUGAACCUGAACUUUAGAGUUUUAAACUUAAAAAAAAAAUUAAGGAACAGAAUGACUGGAAUCGGUUUUAAUUCUGUUAACAGAGAGUUACUGGUUUUAUUAGAGUAAAAAGGCAGUUAGCCUGCCUUUUUUUAGCAGCUAGCUAGCUAGCUUAAUCUGUUGCUGUAUAAUGUAGGCUAGUAAGCUAAACUGCUGCCCCAAAAACAAAACUAUUCAACAAUUCAAGAUUGUUACUCUUAAUUCGAUAUCAGACCAAGUCAAGGUGUUAUGAGAGAUGUUUAGGCUAGAUCACGAUUAGCGAGUUUAGCUAAUCACGACGCUACCAUUCCAUUCGCAGUGAGGUAAAAUUGGCGCGCUCAACCCCUGGUGCCAAAUCAAGUACUUGGUGCUUUUGAACCAAUAAGAGCGCGCCUCGCAGACGCCCCAGCCAAUGGGAAGGGUGCUUGGUGCAUGGCUGUGUGAGUUUGAGAAGACCUCCCCAUGUGUGUGUUCAUUCAUGUUUAUUAUGACUGCUAAUCACAGCUAGGUUAAGUUUUGUAUAAUGUGGAAAUAGCUGGAGAAAAAAAAGGCUGGAUUUUUAUACAUAUGUAUAUGAAUAUAAUACUGUAUACAGCAUACGACAUGAACUAAGAAACGUCUUUCACUUCAGUACAAUAAAGAAGAGGGAAACAAUGCA